AUGUUGCCCCCGUCCUGGCAUCUAAUUGGGGCCCUCCUAGUGCUCGCGGCCACAGCGGGGGACUCCACCAACAAGAUCAUCUUGCCGCAGAUUCUAAACGGUGGCGGCGUCGGCGGCAUUGGCGGCAUCGGCGGGGGCAUCGGAACUGCCCAGGGCAAAUAUCCGUCUGGAUCCAAGACGUUGGCGGCGGGAGUGGUUCCAAACUUCGGAGGAGCAGCUGGCAAUGGAGCGGGCGGCGGCGGAGGUCCUGUGGCUGGCAGCGGAACUGGCAGCACGGUGGUCGGGAGCAAUGGCGUGAUUGUGGCCGGAGGCGGGGCCAAUGUGCCGACCUCGAAUUUAAACAUUGUCGUCGAAGAACCCGAAUUUACUGAAUACAUCGAAAACGUAACUGUACCUGCUGGACGUAAUGUUAAACUCGGUUGCUCCGUCAAAAAUCUGGGCUCAUACAAGGUCGCCUGGAUGCACUUCGAGCAGUCCGCCAUCCUGACCGUUCACAAUCACGUGAUCACGCGCAAUCCGCGCAUCAGUGUCACGCACGACAAGCACGACAGGCACCGCACGUGGUAUUUGCACAUAAACAACGUGCACGAGGAGGACCGGGGUCGAUAUAUGUGCCAGAUCAAUACGGUGACGGCCAAAACGCAGUUUGGCUACCUGAACGUUGUGGUUCCCCCCAACAUCGACGACUCGCUGAGCUCCAGCGAUGUGAUUGUGCGGGAGGGCGCCAACAUUUCGCUGAGGUGCCGGGCCAGUGGCAGUCCCAGACCCAUUAUCAAAUGGAAGCGCGACGAUAACUCCCGCAUAGCCAUCAAUAAGAAUCACAUAGUGAACGAAUGGGAGGGCGACACCCUCGAGAUAACUCGCAUUUCCCGACUGGACAUGGGCGCCUAUCUGUGCAUCGCCUCCAAUGGCGUUCCUCCCACGGUUUCCAAGCGCAUCAAAGUCAGCGUGGACUUUCCCCCAAUGCUGCUUAUACCCCAUCAGCUGGUUGGUGCUCCAGAAGGUUUCAACGUCACCAUCGAAUGCUUCACUGAGGCGCAUCCCACAUCUCUGAACUAUUGGACACGUGGCGAGGGACCAAUCAUUCACGAUUCGCACAAGUACAAAGUGGAGGCCACAGUCGGAUUGCCAGCUUAUAAGACCCAUAUGAAGUUGACCAUCAUCAAUGUGAGCAGUGGCGAUGAUGGCAUUUACAAGUGUGUGGCCAAGAAUCCGAGGGGCGAAACGGAUGGCAUCAUUCGAUUGUACGUUUCAUAUCCUCCAACCACUGCCUCAUCGGGCAUAUACUCCACGGAUUCGCAUUGGGCAGAAAAUGGGAUCAACAACAAUUAUGCAUAUGGUGGCCCCGACUCCACGCGAUCGAUUUAUGCGCAGGAUAAAAAUACGCGAUAUCAAUCGAAUUUGAACGAAAUCGGCUUAUCUGAACAAAAAUCCUUCCUAGAUAAGACGCAGAAUCCGCUGUUGGCCAAUGGCAACGCUAACGGGGAGGCGGAUGCGGAAUCCAGCGGGGUCACCACCCGGGGUCACAACCCUUCGAUGGCCAUUGCGUGGCUGCUCGUCGUCAUCGCGACGUUGUUGUUAACAAUCCGAUCUGCGGUUGGUUCUAGCCUUAGCCUAAGUCUAUGUUAG